ACCCACCCUCUACCAACAAGCUCCCUUUCUUGUCCCUUGAGCUAGCACUCCGACUAUGUACCUGUACUUAAAAUGAGGGUCCGCCCUCUCCGUGCUAGACUACCCAGAUGCGCUGGAAUAAUUGCGCUCAGAUUAUUGUGAUCGUUAUGCGGCGCUUCUUGGCUGCGACUGCUGCUGCUUCUUCUUCUUGUUGCUCAGCGGUUCUCUGUUUCGCGACGAGGAAGCUGGAGACGGCAAGGGCGCCGAACAUGGGUAGCUUCCGCACGAACCCCAUGGCGGUGUGUGUCCUUCAGAAUUUCUGCGGGCUCUCCCGCACGGCCUGCAAACAAAGGAACACUGGAAACAUUUUGUGGAAACACUGUUGGCUGGACAAACAUGCAGAAUUUUUGUGUGGGGAAAACGACAACUCUCUUCGGCGCGCCAUUAUUUCAUCCACUUUGCCUCCACUACUCCACCCUGCCGAUGAGCGAUAUUUCUGCUUCUAGAAAAAAGUCUAAAGGUGGUGGCCGCGGUGCGGAGCGGAUUCCGGCUUCCCUCUUCUUGCGCGAUUUUCAUUUUCAUCAAUAAUCCGUGGGCACGGUGCAGCACGGCGCGCUAUUUUCCCUGCCUUGGCUGGAAUAACCCAGAACAGAAAAGACUCAGACGACAAAACCCUCUCAUCCCUUUUUCGUCUCUUCCCCCAUCUCCGCCGGCG